AUGUUAAAAAACAAAUAUCCAAGUUUUUUUGCGAAGAAAAUCGACGGUACGGGAAAAGUACCUAUUCACGAUAUAUCUAUACCUGGUCAAAAUACCCCGCAAGUAGAAAUAACAGAGGUAGCUGAAAUUUCCUCUGAAGUUAAUGUCAAUAAUGAAACAAUAAACGAACAGGACAAUGUUAAUUCAACCCAAGAUCCUACACCAAGUAACCCAACCUUAAUUCACCCAGACCCUAGUAGUCCAACAACCAGUCAAUCAAGUGGAAAUUACGUCAUAGGUUAUGGUGCAAAAACGAAGCUUCCAAAGUUAACUUUACCCCGGUUCAGAGGAGAUAUUACUGAAUUUCAACCAUUUUGGGAUAGUUUUGAAAAUGCUGUCCACAAGAAUACAAGUUUGUCAAGCAUUGACAAAUUUAAUUACUAAUAUUCCUUGUUGGAGGGUUCGGCAUUACUGGUUAUUAAGGGAUUGGCUUUGACGGAAGAAAACUACAAGGUUGCAAUCGACAUUCUUAAACAACGUUAUGGCAAUACUCAAGUUAUCAUAUCCGCCCAUAUGGAUGAGAUGUUAAAACUUCCCGAUUGUUCGACUGGAAGGGUACGCGAUCUUCGAAGAGUGUAUGAUAAAAUUAAUGUUAACGUAAGAGGGCUUGAGGCACUUGGAGUAAAAUCGGAACAAUAUGGUAGUCUACUCAUUCCAGUAAUCAUGGCAAAACUACCACCCGAGUUACGAAUCCAUGUUGCAAGAAAGACUGCCAGUGAACUUUGGAAAAUUGACGAUAUUCUAGACAUUAUUCGAAAGGAAGUGGAAGCACGGGAGAUCAGUGAGAGUGUUCGUACAAACAAUUCUAGUUUUAAUGACAUUCGCAAGCAAAAUGAAGUAUGGAAACAAAAUCGACAGCGGAAUUACAGUUCGUCUGCGGCAAGUCUAUUCGUUAAAGAUGGGAAAAAUGAGCGAAAGAUAAAAUGUGUCUAUUGUGGACAAUAUCAUUACUCAGCAUCGUGCGAACAUGUGAAAGAUGUGAAUGAUCGAAAGGGCAUUUUAAGAGAUCAGAAACGUUGCUAUUUAUGUUUGCAAGGUGGUCAUUGUGCACAUGAAUGUGAAAAUGGCAGGCUCUGUCGUUGGUGCAAUGGCAAACACCAUCAAUCUAUUUGUACUAAAGCUACCAAAACAUUUCGAAAGAUCAAUCCUGAAGAAACAACAAAACCAGAAGCGAAAGAGGAGAAAAAGGAAACGCAGAACCUCACAACAACUACAACAUCGAACGGCUCAUCAAAGGUGCUUUUGCAAACUGCCACGACACAUGCUUAUUCUCAACAUAGCAACAGAGCUAUUCCUGUUCGAGUGCUUUUAGACAGUGGUAGUCAAAGAUCAUACGCAACCAAUCAUCUGAAGAAACGACUUGGCCUUCAACCAGUAAAGAAAGAAACGCUUAACUUGAACACAUUUGGGCAGGAUAAAUUCACAAAACAGAAAUGUGAUGUUGUUAGUUUAAACCUGAAAGGCAAAGAAGGCAAAGAUAUCGAAAUUUCAGCUCUUUGUUUUGAGAAAAUCUGUUCACCUCUUCCUACCAAGAUUGAGCUCGAUAAAUAUCCGUUUUUGAUGGGAUUGGAUCUUGCUGAUUCCUCUCUCGCCGAGAACAGUCACGAUGAAAUCGACAUCUUGAUAGGAUCUGAUUAUUACUACGACAUUGUAAUUGGGGAAGUUGUAAGAGGAGAAGGUGGUCCAGUGGCUGUCAACAGCAAAUUUGGAUGGGUUCUCUCUGGGCCAUCGAGAGACAUUGGAAAAAAUAACAAUGCAACAUUAUCGCACUUAGUAAUCGAACGAGAAGAACCUGCAACAUAUCUAUUGCCCAGCAGCAUCAAACGAGAUGAUAACCUGACAGAUAGUCUUCAAAGAUUCUGGGAGACCGAAUCGAUUGGUAUCAAGAAUGAUACGUUUAGUGAAACCCAGACAACGGAAUUUCUACCCGAGAUACAUUUUGAUAAAGGCGAAGGAAAAUAUGAAGUUAAUCUGCCUUGGAAACAGGACUGUUUUCCAAAGUCAACAGGAUAUGGUAUGUGUGUCAACAGAUUGCGACAACUGCAUUCACGUCUGAAGAAAGACAAUACUCUUCUUGAAGAAUAUAAUCAAGUCAUUCAGCAGCAAAUAAAUAGUGGUAUCAUCGAAUCAGUACCGGAAGAAGACGACAGCGAGGGUUACUACUUACCGCAUCAUGGAGUGUUGAAGUCCGAGAGAGAGACUACAAAACUACGAGUGGUUUUCGAUGGAUCAGCAAGACCGGAUAUAGACAGUCCAUCCAUAAAUGAAUGCUUACAAAAGGGUCCCAACCUUAUACCGCCAUUAUUUGAUACGAUAAUAAAAUUCAGAAGUUAUCCAGUGGGGAUUGUUUCUGAUAUUGAAAAGGCCUUUCAUCAGGUGCAGAUUAGUCCAUCCGAUCGUUGUAUGCUUAGGUUCCUUUGGUUCGAUGACAUUCGAAAGGACAAUCCCACUAUUAAAAGAUUCCAAUUCCGACGCCUUGUAUUCGGCUUAACACCGAGUCCAGCAAUUUUGUCCACCGUGAUACAAAAUCAUUUAUCACAACAUGACGAAAAAGGUUCUGUUGUACCCCAGUUGUUAAAAGAAUCGCUCUACGUUGACGACUUCGCAGGAGGAGCUGAUAAUGAUGAAGAAGCAUUGGACAUUUACGAUAAAUCUCAAGAUGUAAUGAAGAAGGGUGGAUUUGUUUUGCGUAAAUGGAAUUCGAAUUCCAAGGUUUUACAAGAUCGAAUUGAGAAAGAUACAUUGUCAAACGGAACACAAACGACAUCAAGUUCAGUUUUCGAAUGUGAAAAAGAGAUUGAUUCAAAACAACAUAGCAAGGAAAUUACGCCUGUCAAUAUAUUAGGAUCUAACUGGAACGUUAAAACUGACAAAUUCCAAUUCGGUGUAAAGGAACUUGUUGAAUAUACCAAAACACUACCCGCUACAAAGAGAUCUGUAUUAAAGGCUUCAGCAAAGAUUUUUGACCCAAUUGGAAUACUUAGUCCAUUUACAGUCAAUCUUAAGAUCUUAUUCCAGUUGCUUUGCUGUGAUCGUAGAUUGGGAUGAGAAACUCGAUGAAAAUUCAUUAGCAUGUUGGAACUCGCUGUUACAAGGAUUAGAGUCAAUCAAUUCAAUUGAAGUACCAAGAUGCUACUUCAGUCGUUUCAAUGUACCAAUAACGAGCCAGCAAAUCCAUGGGUUUGGUGAUGCCUCUGGAAAGGCAUACGCAGCGGUAGUUUAUCUGCGAACAGAGUAUGAAGACCAUCAUGUUGAAACCAACAUCAUAGCAUCCAAGACUAGAGUCGCUCCGAUACGAAAGCAGUCUAUUCCUAGGUUGGAACUUCUCGGAGCUACUAUCCUUGCUCGAUUGGUUAGCGCGAUUAGCAAGAUCCUUUGGUCUCGAUUAGUAAAUCCGAAGAUAUUCAUGUGGACUGAUUCGUUUACCGUACUUUGUUGGAUACAAAAUGAUAAACCGUGGAAACAGUACAUACAGAGAAGAGUCGACGAAAUUCGAAAACUCGUUGGAGAGGAUAAAUGGAUGUUCUGCCCAGGAGAAUUUAACAUUGCAGACUUACCUUCGCGAGGUUGUAGUGGAGCAGCACUGGUUAAAAACGACGAAUGGUUCCAUGGUCCUAAAUUCCUGAAGUUAUCAGAAGAAAACUGGCCGAAACCUCCUCGAUGUAAUGGAACAGAAAGUGAAAUCGCAUUAUCGGAAACGGUGAAAUCAGUCAACGAGUCAACAACUCAUUCCCUUACAGUCUUAGAGAAGAAACAUAACACAGUUAAUGUCGGCAGGGUGAUGGAUUGUCAUCGAUAUAGCUCGAAAACACGUUUAUUACGAGUGACGGCUUACGUAUUUAGGUUCGUGAGGAAGAUUAAAGGACAAACCGUAGAUAAAACGUUAGAACUAUCAGCAGACGAACUGAUCGAAGCCGAACAGAUAUGGAUAAAGGAUAUUCAGAGCAAUAUGUUUCCCGAAGAAGUUAAACAAUUAGUUAAUCGUACGAAAACUUCCAGCUCAAGGCUUGAUCAACUACGCUUAUUUCUGGACGAAAAAGGAAUGAUACGCUGUGAAGGACGAAUUGAACAUUCUUCUGUUUCUUCUGAAGCUAAGAAACCUGUACUCCUUCCCGCAAAGCAUCACGUUACAGAUUUGAUCAUCCAAGAACAUCACGAUUCAGCAAACCACACUGGUAUUAAAGGAACACUGAACCGUAUUCGAGAAAGAUAUUGGAUCCUACAUGGAAGGCAAGCAGUCAAGCGAGUUCUACGUAAAUGUGUGACUUGUAAAAGAUUGGAAGGGAAGCCGUACCCUACGCCCAAGACUCCGCACCUACCAUCUUGGCGAACAAGUGAUGACCCUCCCUUUAGUUACACAGGAGUGGAUUUCGCUGGACCCCUCAACGUCAAAGAGAACUCAAAGUGUGGUCAACAAUCAACAAAAAAGUCAUACAUCGCUCUAUUUACUUGUGCGUCAACACGUGGAAUUCAUGUAGAACUGCUUCCGAGUUUAUCAGCCGAAGGAUUCUUACAAGCAUUUCGUAGAUUUUCAGGUCGGAGAGGACUUCCAAGAAUGAUAAUUUCAGAUAACGCAAAGACAUUUAAAUCCGCUAGCAAGGAACUGUCAAAAAUUAAGCGUUCUCCCGAAGUGCAACAACAUCUCGCAAAAAAUGGCGUUUCUUGGAAAUACAUUAUCGAAAAGGCCCCAUGGCACGGGGGUUUUUGGGAACGUUUGAUAAAGAGUGUUAAAAGGUGCCUAAAAAAGUCCAUUGGUCGAGCUACGUUAUCGUUUGAAGAGUUACGCACGAUCUUGAUCGAGAUUGAGUCAACGUUAAAUAAUCGUCCAAUUACGUACAUAUACGAUGAUGAAGAGGGCAUAUCGUACCCCCUUACGCCAUCUUGUCUACUUUAUGGACGGAGAACGACGACUACGCCAAACGACAGCCAGUUCGAGAUAGUGAGCACAAACGAGUCUUUGACAAGACGAGCUCGACAUCACAAAACUCUACUAAAGGAAUUCACUAAACAAUGGAGACGAGAAUAUUUGCUAAGUAUUCGCGAAGCAGCGAGAUCGAGUAACAACGGUACAAGGGACGUAAUUGUCGAAGGAGACAUUGUAAUUUUGAAGAAGGAGAGCAUGAAACGGUUAUUUUGGAAAAUAGCGAAGGUCGAAGAGCUUAUAUUCGAAGUAUUGACGGUGUUGUAAGAUCGGCGAAGAUUCGAGUGUUGAACAGUGAGACUCGAAAGCCUAUCAUCAUACGAAGACCUAUACAACAUUUAAUCCCAUUGGAAAUUCGCUCGAAAAUCGGAAACAAGCAUGAAGAAGAACUAGUUGAUGUGAAUGAAGAAUCAUCCGGAACACAAGAUCUCAGUACAGAACCAUUAGACAUUGAUGUUAAGACUGCCGUUGUAGAGAAGAAGAAUCGACCAAAAAGAAAGGCAGCUGUUCAAGGAGAACUUGUACGAAAACUGUCAAAACAAACGUAAAAACAUUAGGAAUCAGAACAAACGUAAAAACAUUAGGAAAAUGUUCAUCAGUUCAUAUUUAGUUUAAGUUAGUCAUUUGAUCAUGUUUAAUGAUCAACCCGGGGACUGUGACAGAUUACGCAACAAACACUUAAAUUUAUUUGUUAUCGUAAUACUUCAUGUAAUAAUAUUAGAAAUAUAUAAAGUUUCAAACACUAUGUCGACACUGCCGUUUCAGGGCGAGGUCAUUUUCAGGACUUUCAUCCCAGAUUCAGGUUUUGGCACAUAUGCCAUGUUGACCGCCAUGGUCAUUUUACCCUAAAACAGUUGAGAUUACUUGUCCUAAAUGAAACGCAUACAAACUCAUAUACAGGUCCUAGACUAUAACUCCUAUGAGCUCUACCCGGUAAGAGUCGGGGUCCACAGGCCUUCAGGCUUCCAGGGGGCACACUGAACUGAGUUGUCCGGAAUCCUUUUUAAUCUAAGUUUGUAUGUGCAUAGGUACAGUGGCAAACAUUUCACUGUUUAUGUCAAAAACAAUUUCUGCAUACUGUUAUUUAUAGUUUUUUUUAAAAAUUUUGUUAUAUAUUUAUAUUUCCAGUUUAAGAAACUAUUAAAAUUCGCUUCUAAACGACUAGCAAAGUGUCCAUAUUGUCAGAGCUUCAUGGUACUUCAAAAGGAUCUAGGAUCCCCCUGCCUUGGGGGCACCAAACUUAUACGCGCCUGUCACAAGAAUAAUUUGUUGAUACUAUUUUUGUUUUGUUUUCACUUAGAUCAUUCAUCCCUUGCUGAAAUUUGUGAGAGGUGAACAAUUGUCUCCUGAUCACUGGCUGGACAUGUUUAGGUUACUAAAAUUACCCAGGGGAACAACGCUAGAAAAACUUACCUUUGGAGAUAUCAUCAAAGUUGCUGACGAAAUCAUUGCAAAUGCUGAUGCUAUCAAGGUAUUGUAUCAUAUAGAGGAAUAACGUUAUUAAGAAAGAUAUUUUUUGUGUGUGUUUUGAUGUUAUGUACUCAGGUGAAUAUAAUGUUUUCGAUGUUACUCUGAGUGUAUAUCCACACAGAGCAGGCUGCAAAGUUAGCCUGACCACGGUGGGAAUCGAACCCGCGACCUUUGGGAUACUAGUCCAAUGCUCUGCCAACUGAGCUACGAGGCUAUGUCUGUUCGAGUGUGUGGUAUUUCACACGGGUUCGAUUUCCACUGUGGUCAUGUUUUCAUUGUCAUAUAUUUUUUUUUGGUGCAUGUACUUGAUUCAAAUUUUGCUUUUUUGUGGACCAAAGCUAGAUCUGAGGUAGUAUAACAUAGCCAUACUGAGCUGUAGGAGAACGGGUCGAUAUGUUGUCCCGUUAAUUUAUACCACCUGUUUGAUGGCAAGUGAAUUUUAUUCAGGUUAACUAAUUUUCUUGUCCAACUUGCCCUGAGAGCAUAUGGUCAAAAAAGUAAAGUUACACCACUGACUCAGAGUAACAUCAAAAACGUCAUUAAGAAUGUUCUGCUUUGAACAUCGUUACAAUUAUCGUAAUUUGACAUUCAUCUGUCCAUCCUUUUUCUAACGUAACACAAUGGGCACAUUUUUUGCAGUGUAGUGUUAAAUGUUCUUUACAAUGAGACAAUUAAAAACUUGGCGUUGAUGGCACUUUGUAAGCUGUUUCAGUGCCCUUACAUGUUUUCUGUUGUCCUUGUUUUAAAAUAUUUUUUGAUAAUCAAUAGAUUAAUAUAAGUAUACAGUAUAUCUUAUCUUUUUGUGGGUAGGAAUUAAACAGUCGCGCUCAAGGUGAAGUUUCUAUUCGUGAAGCACUUCGUGAGCUAGAGUUGUGGGGCGCUGGUGCAGUAUUCACAUUGACGGCUUAUAUGGAUUCUGCAGACAAAGAAAUCUCGAUUAUUAAGGAUUGGAAAGAUCUUGUAAAUCAGGUAAUGUUCUGGUAUUAGUAAUUCAUACAAAGGACAGGUGAUAUCCUGCACGCAGAUAUCCAGGUGGACGUCCUAUGGACGGCCAUCUUUGAAAUAUAAGUAUUUUUGUCGGCCAUUGUUUUUUUGCCACGCCCACCACGAAAACAGGUGGUCACACGCACUGGACAAAUGGGAACGUAACCUAAUGUGACGUAUGGUAACGUCACUUAGUUCGGUGACAGGUAACGUAACCAUGUAACGCAACCUAAUGGUAAUGCGACUUGGUAACGUGACGCUAUUGUGACGUUGCAUACUAAUUACUUACGCCGCUAGAGCCGAUGCUAUCUGAACCAGGUGAUGUCAUAGAUUUUGCAUACUAAUUACUUCCGCCGAGAGAGUGGGGGGUAUCACUGCUCAGCUAAAAGGAGCAAACAUUGUUUUCUCCAUUAUAGGAUUGCGUUAAACAUUGUAGGAUUGCAUUGUACGUUGCUCAUGUAAACGGCUUUUUUAACAAGGGUAUGUGCAACGCGUUUGUUUUGCUACUCAAUUUUAUUAGUCUGCCUAAUUGAUUAACUGCAUGCGAAUCUUUAUUAAAUCUAUUAGAUUGUUCAUGUAGAGAACUGUAGAGAACUUUAACUUUAAUAAAUUACUGAUCCCUCUCUGGGCAUCUCAAGAAUAUUUAAAAAAUACAUACAUGUAUAAUAAAUUGUUCCGUAACAAAGUUUUAUGAAAAUUAGUUCACAGCCUCCCAACUAUUUCUUGCAAGAGUACCCAGUAACAAUUGUGGAUACUUCUACUUAUGAUCUAAUUUAGUCUUGAAAUCAAUUCUGUUAUUUGCCUCUUUAAGCUAUAUAUGGCACGUGAUCUUGACUUACAGAACAUGUUUUGAUCAUAAUUGACCAAACCAUUAACAAUUUUAAAGGUUCCAUUUAAAUUACCCUGAGCACGAGGUUCCAGUAAGGUCGUUAAGCCGAACUUUGAUAAUCUCUCCUCGUACCAUAUCUGGCCUAUUCCUUGAAUGCACAAAUCAGUACACAAAUUUAAACUAUCCACUCUAUAAUGCAACCAAUCAACCUUUAAACUACAAGUCAACUUAGUUCCUACAUAAUUAUGUCCUAGUAUAGUUCAUAUGAAAUUAAUUAAAGUUAACUACUACAGUAAAUACAAUAUUUGUUCACUACAUUGCCUAUUCUAUUUUAUGAUCCUUGAAUCCAAAGUCCAUAUGUGUUUUUAACGUCGAUUUCUCGCUACAACCUUGAAAUCACCUGGAGAAGACACAAGUGCAAUACUAGACGGCUCUUCAUUCGGCUUUUCGGCUCCUUCUGGUAAUUCAAACCUAAGACGAUGUAAUAACGUCGCCGCAAAAGUAAACAACAUAAUUUUUGCGAACGCAAUACCAGCGCAUUCUCUACGGCCAAGUCCGAAUGGCAGAAAAGCAUCAAGUUUGGUCCAACCAACAAACUUCCCUUCAACGUCAAGGAAGCGCUCAGGUUUAAAUUCCUCAGGCUGCGGCCACUCCUGCUCAUCGUGAUGAAUUUGGGUUAAAUCGAGGAGUAUCCACGUUCCUUUAGGAAUAUGGUACCCAGCUAAGGUUAUAGCACGUGUUGUGUUUGAACCAGUGGAUGGCACUGGACUAGACCUACGCAUAACUUCACAUAUCGUGGCUUGCAGGUAGGGCAUAUUCCUGACAUCUUGCCAGCGAGGUAAGUCGUCUUUAUCUAUGACUUGAUCAAGUUCGUGGUGGAUUUUCUUCUGAACCUCAGGAUAUGAGACCAUGUACAAUAUAAACCAAGCCAGUGAAGAAGAAGUUGUAUCUGAACCAGCAAAAAUAACGUCAACCAUCAAAUCUCGAAUAUCGUCAAUAGAUCCAAUAUCUUUGCUCGUCUCUUUUGCCAUCUCUUUCUUAUAAGCACUGAUAAAACUGUCAGUCAUGUCACGAAUAACGCCUGGGGUGUGAGUCUCUAGGUGGGAUUGGAAAACCGGGUGAAUUAUGGAGGAUUUUAUAUCUGUAGCUCGCUUUAUGCUUCGAUUGAAUUCAGUUGGAAGAUAGGAAUGGAAUGGCAACUUGUGUAAGUAAGUACCUUCCAAGUUUUGUUUUGCGGUUAUUUCACCAAAUUCAAGAAGGAGCCUUAUAUUCGAGUGCUCGAAUUAUAGGUUCUCGGAUGUAAGCCAUUGCCACAGUUGAAUCAGUAUUGCUGACACGAUUAGUUCCUUCGGAGAAAACGGCUGACCUUUCAAAGAAUCAAUCUUCUCCAACAUAGAUUUUACUGCGUGUCCUCCUCUCUCUUCUGCUUCAUUGAUACCUGCUCCAAAAACAUGCAUUGCUGACUUAAAUACUCUCCUACGAAAUAAGUAUGGUGUUCCAUAAUCCGCGAAUACGACAUCAUUUGGGCCUAAUAUAAUAUUAAAUGGAUAAAUGCUUUCGACUGACACACCAACCGCAUAAUCUUUAUUUCGGCCAAAUCUAGCUUCUCGAGCAAGUGAGGCAGUAUUCACAACAACACAUUUUCUCCCUAAAGUAACAGUGAAUAUGUUGCCAUAUGUUUCUCUGAGUUUUCUAAAUGGUUUACUGGAAUUGAAAUUUACAUCUCGCAGAUUUCCAACUAAAGGGUAGGGAAACGGUCCCGGUGGCAUUGAUCUUCUUUCAAAGUACGUUGUCACAAAAUACCAGACAAACCAUACAAGACACAACGUUGUUGCAACCUCCACGAUCAUCAUAGGAAAGUCUAGAAAUAAAGGAAAUUAGGUCAUGUGAAAACUCUAAGAUUCUGUUGCCAUAAUGUUACCAUGAUGGUAGGAUACUGUUAGCGUUACACAGUGAAAAUAUUUUGGUUGUUUUGACCGAACAAUAUUGGUGAAAAGAAGAUGCAUCUGAGACAACCAAUUCAAGUUGGUUAUUUUAACCAAACUGGUUUUACAGUGAACCAGUGGGUUAAAAACCACCAGACUGAAAUUAGUCAAUUCAGCACCCAAAAUAGAACAACCACUUCAGGCUUAGAAUGCAUGUUCUAUGGUCAUGGAAUAUGCCUCACCUUUAAUACCAUUCCAAAUUGCAAAAAGCUGUUGUUAAAAUGGUGCUCAACGACGAUACAAUUUAUAAAAUUUGUAUGCUUUUAAUUAUUACUGUCAACAGCUCACUGUAAAUUUGGGAGAGUGAUAAUUUAAAAUUCUAGAAUUCGAACGAACCUGACCCACAUCCCUCCUCAACCCUACCCCAACCCUAUCCUAAGGUGUGGGUCAAGGACAUUAUUUAAGUUACAUGGCGGGGAUGAUCAUCCGGCCUCAUACGGAUUUGAGAAUUGGUGACACAGGUGGUUGGUGAGCCAAUAAAUUUCAGACAAACAUCAUUUGCAUUGCGAAUUGCGGCUAAAAAUUAUCCCUUGGGACAUUAAGUGUUUUUCCAUGCCUUUGACGUCGUUAUAAGAGAGGUCUAUUGAUUAACAUCAGAGAUACUAAUCAUACUACGAUUAACUCACAGUCAAAAAUGUUAUAAAAUGAAGUUAGGUUCGGGCGCAUGAGAGGAGCGACACAGGGGGUGGAUCCAGCCAAAAUUCUGACCGUAGCAUUUUCAAAGAGCUCGCAUAGCUAUAGGGGGGUCCGGGGGCAUGCCCCCCGGAACAUUUUUGAAAUUUGAAGCCCGGAAAUGCCAUUUCCUGCGUUCUGAGCACUGCAUGUGACCAUUAAAUUUGUCCUCAUUGUAUUCAUUAAUUCUCAAACAAAAAUAAGAAAGAUUUCAAAAAGUAAAGUAUCGCUCGCGUAUAUCUUAACAUACGAUACCGGCAUGAUACUCGUAUCAUACGCAUAUCAUUAUCAAUUGAAUACCGAAAUACGCGUAUCAUCUACGAACGCGUGUAUCAUACGAAUACGCGUAUCAUAUGAACGUGCGUGUCAUACGAAAACGCGUAUCAUACGAAUACGCAUUACAAACAAAUAUUAGGGCGCUAUAAAACACGAUAUAAUAUAUACGCGCGUAUCAUAAUUCGCGUAUUAAUUCCAAUACAUGCAGGUAUACUGUACAUACGCGCACAAACACUUAAAGCGAAGUUAAUAGUGAACACUAUACGGUAAAAACUCAAAUUAAAAUAUUAAUGUGUAUCUCUUAUUAUUCAUAAGGCUUACCUGACUGGAAAUGAUUCGUUUUACCAUCUGAUUUUAUUUCUACCUCGAUCAUAUAUAUUCAGUAGCUUUACGGCGGCUUUCAUUUCGAAAUGCGCACAACCGUACUGGCACUGUGGGUUCCCAAUAGCAUGUUGUUGAUGAGCCAAACACAAAUAUCAGAUAUUCCAUCGUUCUGGAGCAGUAGCCAAUUUCAUGCCACCGUAGCAAACUAUAGCAUUUGCCCCAUUCUGAUUGGUUUGCUACGUUUGACCGUCAGAUUCGACCUUAAUGAAUCUGACCGUAGCGAAAAUUGAUCAUAUAUGGGCAACACGCUACGGUGUAUUUCUGAAGGAUGCUAUUUUAUAAGCUAUAGUCCAUUGCGUAAUGACCCGCAAACGGGCAAUUACAAACCUAUUUUCGGGCGGGAAUUCUUAAAACAAUUAACGUUAGUCGUUACGUAUCAAUGUCAUCAGAAUAAAACCUUGAAAUAUAAACAAGGAAAGUAAACAAAAUAUUGCUAAAUUAUAUUUUAAAUUGAUUUUAUAUGUUAGAACUGGCCAAUGGAAAAUCUGACCGUAGCAUAUGCUACAGUUGCAACGGUCUAAAUCUGCCCCUGCGACAUCUGACUUGCUUUUUCUCCAGAGUCGAAUAAUGCGACAAGACCUGCCGCUCCAACGUCGCUCCAUAAAGUAGCAAUAUAUCUAUAUGUAGGUCUUACCUAAUUUGUAAGAUCUGGUAAGUUGUGUUUAUCUCAAUGUGCAGAACUGAAAUCUCAAGAAUUGAAAUUAAACGAUAUGGAAGUUCUUUAAAAAUCAGUAUUCAUACUUGAUCAUAUAUGUGUCUGUGUAUUUGCGUGUGUUAUUUAACUAGGAAUGAUAAUAAUCUAAGAUAUUAUAAUGAUUAAUGUGUAAACCAACAUGUAUUACCCACAUGAACUAAAUAAAACAAUCAAUACUUACAGGUUUUUUCCACCUGAGCUCUCGUCUAAAUUGUACAAAGUCUUGGCCUACUGUUAUUUAAGUUAUAGAUACUCUCUUGAUUAUAUUGUCUAGAAUAUAUUAUGUUGAUUUUAACUAAACCCUCUCACAAGAGACGGAAAUUCAAUCUCACCCAGUGUCACUAUUCUGUCAACAAGUUACACAGUGAACUCUUUGGAUAUCACUUACAGUAGGCAUGUUGGAAAACACGGAGUGCGGAGUACGAAGUCUGUCAAAAAAAUGUUUAUUUUGCCUGAAGAUUCAAUUUUAACGAGACUCAGCGUAAGUGGAAAACGCGGAGUGUCGUUGUAAUCGAAUCUUUAGGCAAAAUAAACCAUUUUUUGACUCCGCACUCCACACUCCGUCUUUUCCACCAUGCCAUAAGUAUCACGUGUGUUUCAAUAUUUCAUUAGUCUGCAUAUCAUGCAAACAUUGACAUAAUGCUCAUAAUCCAUAACAUAACUAGAAAAUACAUGCAUGCAGAAACCCUCGCCUUGCUGACAAAACCAUUGUAUUUUCCGAACAUGAAGUAUCUAAAGUAGUUGUCAUGGUAACACGAUAAUUUUUAAGAAUAUUCUUACAAAUGAAAAAUCGUCUAAAAAUAUCACUUUUAAUUAUAAAAUUAUUAAUUUCUCAACAUAUAUAUCAUGAAUGAUGUUAGGUAUGUUAUUAUACGUAAUAUAAGCCUCAAUUUAAGGUAAAAUUCAACCACAAACGCUUCGCAAAACGUUUUCAAAGUCGCUAUAGUGUUAUAAAACUAAACUGCCUUUUAAAAUGGCUUUAUCGAUAAACUUUGAGUUUGCAAAUAACUUGGCUUUCUUUUCUAUUUAAAAAAUUCAAUAUCAUAAGAAACGAAUCAAUAUUAAAGAUACACUGAAAUUAUAUACUGUUUUGUUUAGUUGUUUCAUAUACGCAAAGGCCGUUGGGUUUUAAAUCCAUUAUAAAAUCAAUAUUUAAAACAAACUUACCUUCGUUAACGUCGGCUCCCUUCUUUUAGCCGAUUCUUUCGCAGUUUCUUUCUCAGAGAGCUUUUGAAAUUUACAAAAUCUUGCAAAAAUGCGAGCAAAAUGAAAUAUAUUUGCAAGAAAUUUAUAAUCAUCAAAUCAAGAAAUGACUGUUUGCUAUUUCGCUGUCAUCAUGCAGUCGUUAUAAUGCAAACUUUAAAUUGGACCAAUCAGUGUCCGCUAUUCGUGAUAGUCCACCAUAUUUUUCAGAUCAGUGAGGAUGACCUCCACCCAACACCGUUGGUGACCCACACCCGCGAUAAUUGAUGAACUUUAGACUCCGCUAAUGCUUUCGUAUCCCCGGGUGUAAAUAACCGAAGGGAAUUAGUACCUUCGCACGGCGCUUCGCGGUAUGAAGUUUUUUAGCGGACAAAAUAUCUGAAAUGUAUCAAUCGAGUUUAUGCGCUAUAAAUUGAUGUUAUGUGCUAUACAUUGAUGUUAUGUGCAAAUACAUCGAUGUCAUAAACCGAUACAACUAAAAGAUGAACCGAUACAACUAAAAGAUAAACCGAUACAAAUAAAAGAUAAACCGAUACAACUAAAAGAUAAACCGAUACAAAUAAAAGAUGAGGAAACGGAAGUAAAUACCAAUAAAAGAUGAGGAAACGGAAGUAAAUACCAAUAAAAGAUGAGGAAGCGGAAGUAAAUCGGAAAAACGGAAGUUGAGCGACGCGGGGACAUACAACAAUGGCGUCUCUUGGACCACGCAUUUGGCUUCCUAAUACAGAAAACGUUUUUCGUGAAUUGGUUGAUUUAAUAAGAAAUGCUGAACAAAGUGUCGCACUCGUUGUGACUCGCCAGACUUUUAUUGUCGUAGAUUAGAAGAGUAUGAACGCACAUUGAGACUCAAUGAUUGAGUGUUUUAACAACAAGAAUCACCGAAUCAUACACAACGGAGCAGUUUUUAAUCAACAAUCUACAUAUACUAUGUACUUAUUUAAAUAGUUUACCAAAUGAAUUCGACGUUAUUGUUGAAAAUUAUGAACGGACGUCAGAGCGCUUUACGAUAGUGCGGUUUGUACGGCGGAAAGAAACGGGCUCGUUGGUAGGCCAAGAAUACAAGUCACAGAAGAGCAGUUAACCACAUUGCUUUUUAUUAAGUUUAGAUAUAGGUAAAGAGUACCAUAUUGGUGUCCUAGUAAUACAUUUAUGCCACAAUAGUCCCUAAAUGUUAGAUAAAAAAUGUAAUGUGAAAUAUGAUAGUGUGAUGGCCUCGUGUUCAGUGGCACAAUUUAUGCUUGUGAAAAUGUUGUAUUUGAUAAGCCUGAGAAUAAAAAAUAAAAAACCACUUGUAUAUGUAUAAAUGUAAACCUAAGAAAUAUAAGUGUAGGUGUAGACUUUUCGAACAUAAAAUUGGAGAUGCGUGUGUGAAAUUGUAUCUGUAAAAUAUCCUGUGGUGUAAAAAAAUUUGAUCAUACUCAAGGAGUAUGAUCUCGCUCUACUAAAAAGCUUGUAUGGAGGCAUGUAAAAUAUAUAAGGCGAGAGAAGGAGAUAGCCAUGUGUGUAAAAUUCAGUAUCCCUGAAAGGCUGGCUGCGGCACAGACGCAUUAUUUGGUACACACCGUACAUACGAAUUCUGAGUACGUGGUAUUCGGAAACGAGAAUUCAGUUCUUCGGGUAACGAUGUGAACUGCUGCGCUGAACCACCUUGUGAUGCGUUUUCUGUUGGUCUUCUGCCCUAGCUGUCUCUCUUCUGCCUAGCCCUAGUUUGGCCUGCAGUUCUGCCCUUGUUUUUCAAUAUGUAUUCUCCACUACUUGGCACGCGCAAUUUUGCUGCGUCGCUCAACUUCCGUUUUUCCGAUUUACUUCCGCUUCCUCAUCUUUUAUUAGUGUUUACUUCCGUUUCCUCAUCUUUUAUUGGUAUUUAUUUCCGUUUCCUCAUCUUUUAUUUGUAUCGGUUUAUCUUUUAGUUGUAUCGGUUUAUCUUUUAGUUGUAUCGGUUUAUGACAUCGAUGUAUUUGCACAUAACAUCAAUGUAUAGCACAUAACAUCAAUUUAUAGCGCAUAAACUCGAUUGAUACAUUUCAGAUAUUUUGUCCGCUAAAAAACUUCAUAUCGCGGCGUCGGCUCGGGGAUCAUAUAACGAUUGCAGCAUAACUAAAUGUAAUGAAUUUCUACUAUACACAAAUUGCAGAAUUCUCUCCACAGAAACGGAAAUGGGCCAAGCAUUGAUGAAGACUAUAAAUGAAAUAUCAGACAAAGUUUUGUUUGUUUCAUUCUACUAGCUGGUGCAAUAGCCAGUUUCAUUUACGAACAAGAAUGAAUAGUGGUGCACACAUACCUGAAAUGUCAAUAAAUAAGGUCUUAAAUCUGAUUUUCCUGUUAUAUUAUGUAUAGUUUCACCCAAGACGGCCCGCAGAAUAUAGAAGAAUGAACAGAUACUCACAAUGUAUUCCUCAUACACGUCUCUGCGUUUGCACAUUUGGAUUCCAUUGUCUAUAUACACGACACUUGAUACUCGUAAGGGUAACACGGAAAAGACGGAAUCCCGCAGUCAUAAAAAUAUGGAAAACACGGAGUCAUAUGGAAAACACGGAGUCCGCCAUAAAAUAUGGAAAACACGGAGUAUUGUCAUCGUGAAAUAGAAAAAGUAAUUAAAUAAUAUAUAAUUUAUGUAAAUAUAAAAAAGCGAACGGAUUUUCUGUUUAUUACUCUAAAAUGCCGUGGAAAUAUCGAUUCAUAUUAAGGUUACAUUAUAUGAUGAAAUCAUUUUUUACAUUUUUAUUGAUUUAUAUUCACGGACUGGAGAUCUAUCGAUUGCCGGAAGUUUUUUUCCAAAAUAUUAAAAUGCGUCCGAAAUAUAACAAAAUAUGUUAUAACCACUGAUUCCUUUGCCGCGAAAGUUGUAAUUGUAAUUGGCAAUAUGUGGCUUGAUGUGAUACUCGAUACCGGAUGUGUGACCUUCAACCUCGCUUGUGUCUUCGUGUUGCACGACAGAUCUUCAACUGUAUUUUCGUUUGGCCGAUUUAGAUCGGUCUGUAUAGCUAUCCCUUUGUACAUUUGCGUUUCGCCGGCAUAUUAGCAAGUUUUUUCGCGUGGUUUCUCGCAUGUACGGUUUGUGAUAACUGAUAAACUGAUGAUGAGUGAAUGACACCGAAAACCCUUGCCAAAACACACUAUGACACUUCACUAAGUUUAAUCCGAUUACAGUUCGAGGUGAUAACAGAGAGCGGAAAACCCCCCGCCAAACCUAAUAUCGUCUUUUACUGAGAUUGAAAUACUGUCAGAUUGUCCCCACAAAAAUUGUUUAGAAAUGCGCACGUUUUAUCCGAUUCCCUCCAAACUUUGUCACAAUGUUGAACAACAUUACAGCAGCAAAACCGUGUUCGCGUUUUUUAUUUAGUGCCAUACUUUUCAAGUUAUAGGCAUCUAUUCUGCCGUUCUCCCAAAAUUUAGAUGAGUCAACUUCUCUGCUUUAUGUCAAAGCAAAUAUAAUACCUGUCAAAAAACGGUUUUGUUCUUUGAUCAUUUGAGAUGCGAAAUAUUAUGUUUCGGAAGCCUUUGAGGUAAAUCAGGAGCGUUCUAAUCUCGUGGGGCAAAGGCUGUUAUAUUUUCAAAAGCAACCCGUAGCAAGUACAGUUUUUAAAGGUGUAGAAUUUUUGGCAAAUCGUUAGCUACAGCAAUGAUUUAUCAUUAUGCAUGCAAAAUUUGAAGGGGAAAACUUGAAAAUUGAGCGCGCGGUGAGCAUUUUGGUGAAAUGGGUUUCCAUCAUGUGGAAUAACCUUAAAUAAAAUCAAGCAAAUGACAUCGUUUCUCCUGUCGUUUGACUUAUUCAAUCGUAUUUAAAGUGUUUUAAUGCGGAUUUUGUUCACACCGUAUGGUGUGUUACCCUGCUGGCAGUGGUUUCUGAAUGGUAUACUGACUGGUGUUUAUAAGAUAGUUAGAACUUAUGUGGAUAGAAUAUUUCAUAGUCGAUUUCAAGCUCAUACACAAAACUCCUUUGCAAUAGCGUGCAGUAGGCUUUGACGAGCUAUACAGGCGCUCAAGUACUGAAAGCAUGCCAUAGAUAUUGAGCCGUACACCACGAAGCCAAAAUAAUACUACUGUUUUAUACAGUUUUAAAUAUAUGCAGCCAGCUUAGUCAUAAUUCGUGAGGUAUAUAAGUACUGAGGUGAUAAGCAUAACAUCUUGAAUGUUGUGUGCCAGUGUAGGCAAAAAAUGCAACUUGCGGACUUCUUGUAUGUUAGAAUUGUCUGAAAAAUAGAGCAAACUUUGACAUUUUGAGCAUAUUUUUAUGGUGAUUGCAUCAUAAACAUAGUGACUGUGGUAACCCGGGUUGCAGAAUAAUUUGAUAUUAUUCCUAUUAAAUUUCAUAUUGCAUUAAUCUGGGAACCAAACUGGCCUGUCUAAGCAAGAUUCUGCCUUGACUAAUCUGAGAUCAUGCUUUUGAACCAGCACGCUAUUGCCAAGGAAGCUUAAUUGUGUACGAGUAUGAUAUCGACUAUGAAAUAUUCUAUAGCCAGUGUGUAUAUAACUAUUUUAUAAACAACAGUCAAUAUACCAUACGGGGUGAACAAAAUCCGCAAUGAAAUACUUUAAAUACGGUUGAAUAAGUCAAACGACAGGAGAAACGAUAUCAUUUACAUUUGCUUGAUUUUAUUUAAUAUGAAUCGAUAUUUUCACGGCAUUUUAGAGAAAUAACCAGAAAAUUCGUUCGCUUUGUUUAUAUUUCCAUCACUUUGCCAAUACGUCGGACUCCGUGUUUUCCAUAUUUUUACGUGUUUUCCAUAUUUUUCUCUGACGUCAGACUCCGUGUUUUCCAUAUGACCCCGUGUUUUCCACACUUUAAGACUCCGGAAGUCCGACUCCGUCUUCUCCAUCUUACCUCCUUAUAAGUCUAUAAGACGACGUCCGGCUAUCUAGGACGACUUCCGACAAUUUCGUCCAAACACGAUAUUUAUAAUCUAUGAUCCUUUGUAACGUUACUCUAUUGUGAUGUAAAUCGGUAACGAGACGCUAUUAUGACGUAUGGUAACGGGACUUGGUAACGUAACCUAAUGUGACGUAUGGUAACGUCACUGAGUUCUGUGACAGGUAACGUAACCAUGUAACGCAACCUAAUGAUAAUGCGACUUGGUAAUGUGACGCUAUUGUGACGUUGCAUACUUAUUACUUCCGCCGCUGGAGCCGAUGCCAUCUGAAUAAGGUGACGUCAUAGAUUUUGCAUACUAGCAGGUCACUUGUUAAUGUUAAUAAAUUAUGCCUCUCUGCGCAUCUCAAGAAUAUUUAAAAAUACAUGCAUGUAUAAUAAAUUGUUCAGUAACAUGCAUGUAUAAUAAAUUAUUCAUAUAAAACCGGCUAAAAUUCCAUUCACAGCCAGGUCCCAGUAAUACUAAUGGGGACACGACUACAAUAGAUACUGCCUUAUUUUUAUUCUUUAUAUAACGAAUACUAAUUAGGAGUGUUUUAUCCUAAAGUAGGUUUAAAGCCACUGCACGUGACAUAUUAUGGUUGACAUUAUUUGCCAAUAAGCUUAUGAAUAUUAAUUAGUGUUUGAAAUAUCAUGCAAACGUUGACAUAAUCCAUAACAUAAUCAUAUAGCGAUUGCAGCACAACUAAAUGUAGUGAAUUUCUACUAUGCACAAAUUGCAAAAUUCUCCCCGCAGAAAUGAGAUAUCAGACAAAGUUUUGUUUGUUUCAUGCUACUAGCUGGGGCAAUAGUCAGUGUCACUCGAAAAUAAUGUUAAUUUGGAUCAUCUUUUCAUUUACAAACAAGCUUUGAACAAAGUCAACAAGAAUGGAUAGUGGUGCACACUGCACACAUACCUGAAAUGUCAAUAAAUAAGGUUAAGAUUCUGAUUUUCCUGUUAUAUUAAAAAAUCGGUAGCGUGACUAGAGUAACGCGACACUAUUGUGACUGGACUUGGCCACGUAACAUAUAAUGUGACGUAUGGUAACGUCACUGAGUUCUGUGACAGGUAACGUAACCAUGUAACGCAACCUAAUGGUAAUGCGACUUGGUAACGUGACGCUAUUGCGAUGUUGCAUAUUAAUUACUUCCGCCGCUAGAGCCGAUGUUAUCUGGACAAGGUGACGUCAUAAAUUUUGCGUACUAAUUACUUCCGCCGCCUGUGGGGUAUCACCACUGGGCUGUAUAAUAACUGGAGGACCUGCUCCUAUACUUCGUUCAGUGAACGAAGUGUCCGCAAUAACAUGGUGGAUUUUGAGUGAAAAUGACGCCAUUUCCAUGACUACUGGUCCCUAAAUUCAUGGUAAUUGCCACUGAACAAAGCUCAAAUAUGAGCCCGCCACAGUUUUCACCCCCUCCCCUGGUUUUUAUAAAAAUUUUCGGCUUUUUGCAGUGAAUACUUGUUGUUUUGAUAUUUUCGACAUAUUUUUUCGACUGUUGACCAUUUGUUCAAAGGUGUGGAAGCCGUACACGUUCAUUGUCGUCCGUGGAGCGUGAAAGACAACAAACAACUAUUAAAACCUCGCGAAAGCCGAAAUGUGGACAAAAACGAUACUUCAAGCCAGAGCAAACAUCCGUAUUUAUCAGACUAUAAACAGGUAUUUAUAAAUAUUUCAAAAUUCACAUUACUAUUUUAAAUAUUUCAUGAAAAAAUGUUAGGAAUAAAUGGUAGAAUGUACUCUAUUUUUUAGAAAACAAGCCACGAGUAUUUAUGUGGUUGUAGACGAACCUUUUUAUAACUUUAAAAUAUAAUAAUUUCAUCCCUCAAUCCCAAGGAAUUAAUGGUUGUGCAUGUAUAUGAAUUUGACAAAUAUUUGACAUGAAACUAUGAUGUGCUAGUAUAUUAAAGAGGUAAGUAAGGUUUUAUAUAUAGAUUUAGCCAAGGCCGGGUUUUGUCAUGCAUAAGCUUGUGGUGAACUGGUGCAGGACAAAGCUCAGGCUGCUCAGCUGAUUUGAGAAAUUAAUGCAUGUUUUGCCCAAGUUUGUAUAUUGUGUGCUCUCUGAUAGUUUGUUUGUAUGUAUCUUUAAAAGGCCAUCCAUUAACUUGUUUGUCCCAUCUCUUAUGAGUAUUGGGUUAAUUGACUCAAGUGCUAGCAUAUUUUUGGUAAGGGUUGUUAUAAUGCGACAGCUAGGCCAGUAAGCAAGACCUCACUGUGUGGUUAUUUUUAUAGUGGAAAUUCCUUUCAAAUUGUAUGGACAACCUGACUGGCUCAGUUUUCAGAUCUCACCUGCCCAAGGCAAGCUCUCAGUUACACCAGGAAGGCGGGAACACUAACUGGAUUGACUUGUUCAAAAUAAAGUCAAAACAACAUCGGUCAUGAAAAUAUUGUCAAAACAAUAGAAUUGUGUCGGCAAAGAAAUAAUAAAUUAUUCUCCUAACUAGGCCAACCUGGCUUCCAUAUUCAUAGCCCCUAUGGCGCUAUAAUCUAUUCUGAGCCUCCUCCGCAGGCAUGGGCGUACCUGGCAGGGGGCGAGGGGGGCAGCAGUCCCCCAGUUUGUUGGGCAAAUAAAGCCAGUUGGGCAAUAUUCGCUUCACAGUCGGGCAAUAUUGGCUUAUUAUAAAAAUAAAUGGGACAAGUUUGGAACUCUGGCACAAUCCGAAAAAGUCAGGCAAAUUUCUCCCCCCCCCCUAAUUUUUCCCUUCCCGUACGCCCAUUUUCCCCUUCCUGUUUGCGUUUUAGCCUGCAAUGGGUUCCCAUCACUCAAUUCCUCGGGUGAGAUGCCUGUGGAGGAGGCUAGAGUUCAUGCCCCUGUUGUUAGUGAAACUCCAUACCAAGAAACAUGUAUUGCAGUAAUGUUUCAAAAUUAAUUAAAGACAAAAAUUUGCUUGAUUUUGUAUAUUAUUUAUUUUAAUUAAAAUUGCUAAUUUCAUAAUUAUUCUUUGACCAUGCAGUGAAUAAUUUUAAAAUAUAUAAUACAGUAUUAUUAAAACUAGAGCUCAAUGCAUCAUUUUUUGGCUGUUUGUACAGAGUAAAUAUAACACAUUCCCACAAAAUUAUAGACUCUGAGAAAAGUCAUUGUUUAAGUUCUGCCAGUUAGGUCUGGCAAGAGGUAGUGCACCACUACUAUUUUUUUCACAUUCGAAAGAACUUGUAUUAAUUUCUUGUCCACAUAACUUACAUCAGUUUCGCCCUGAAUGAGAAAUGUCCAUUAUACAUAUAAAAUAGUGACAGUAUCAUAUGAAGACACUGAAGAUGUAUUGGGUCACAGAUCCCAGACUCCAAUUACAGGGAAAUUUACUGUAGAGCAGAGCCUAAACUGUUCACUUAGACAUUAUUGAUAUGUUAAUGCAUGGCUCUCCAGUCCACAACUGUCUCGUGUUUAGACAGAGUAAAAUAAUAAAGUAGGGUGCAUUAGGGCACAAUGCAACCUGAUGGUUAAUUAAUAUCAUGGUAUGUCAAAUAAAUUGACUCACUCAGUAAUUUUUCACAUAUAUAAGUUCUGGCAUUUAUAAGCCCGUCUAAUAUGCCAGGAAAUUUUACUUGUCAAGACGACAAUUGUCCAUUAUAAAUAGAUUAAUUGUAUUUCUUAACUAUCCCAAAGUUUCAUUUUACAUUAGAAUAUAUCAAAAAUAAUCUAAUGUAUGCAGAUCUAAGAGAGAAAGUUCAUAAAUAAUGUCUAACUGAACAGUUGGGCUCUACUCCAAUACUGGGAACAGUAACACUCCCACUGAAGAUGCUCUCAAACAUGUUAUCAAUCAUCAAUUUGAUUGGUUAAUUGUCAGGGCACAAUUUCGGUCAAUGCCAAGGGCAGUGAUUGAGAGAAUAUGCAUUGGCUGGCACGUACAUGCACACCCUUCAUUCCUACAAAUACUUAACUACAACUCUAAUGGCUGUGCAGGAUUUAUAGAACUCUGACAAACUAUGUUGGUCAGAUGAAUGUACCAUGUAAACCUCUGAAUGCUUGUAUGCAUUCAUUAGCAUUUUUGAUGGCUGAGCUGUUGGAAUGGAUCCCUUUGCUGCAUUAAAAAAUACUUGUCCAAAAAUAAGUCCAUUGGCUAACACAGACUGAAGGACUUAAAUUUGGGAGAGGGCUUAUAUUCAGAAUUUCUUAUGGUGGCCGUUCUACACAGGAGGGCUUAUAUUGGGGUCUGUCAUUGGGGCUUAUAUAUUCAGAGGUUUAUGGUUAUUGCUUGAUUGCAAUGAGUAUUGCAUGAAUCAUUUGAAUGGUUUGAACUUGAUACAUUAUCUUUGGCCUAGCAAAGCAAUUUUUCAGUUUGCCUGUUGUAGAAGUGACGUUUAAUAUAACUACACAGUAUGAAAUUAUAAAUAACUGCUACAAGAACCUGGCAAGGAUAUAUAUCACUCAAAGUUUGUCAGGGAAAAUUUGCUUUAAUAUACCGUAUCUCUAUAACACUGAAGUCUGUAGUACUUUAAAAUCAAUAUAUAAGUGCUCAGUAUAAAGGAUUUUAACACCACAAGCAGCCUUUAAAACCAUAUGAAAACACAGAGGCUAGUGGUAAAUUACAAGAACAAUAAAAUUACAGAAUUCCCAACCAUUUUUCCUACGGGGAUUUGUAUUUCUAUCGAGUUUAAUCAAGCAAGCUAGAAUCUAGAAAUAUUCAUAUAUAAAAAUCCGUAAAAAUCUUACCAGUGAAUAAAAAUAUUCUUCUAGUUGUUGUUUGAAGAGUUCUCAUACAUACGAGCGGCGCAAAAAGGCAGUGUCCGUUGUAAAUCAAGCAAACUGGGAUAAAAAUAUCAAGAUUUUCAAUGAGAUUUUUACCUCAAAAACAAAAUUUUUGGGCUGAAACCAGGUGGGUGAAGUACAUUGUCGAAAGCUUAGGAUCGCGGUUGGGGCAGUGGUAGUUGCCAUGAAUCUAGGGACCAGUAGUCAUGGCAAUGGCGUCAGAUCCGCCAUGUUUUUGCGGACACUUUUUUAUCCCGAGCAGGUCCUCCAGUAAUAUAGUAUAGCUCAGUGGACUUUUCCCUCAACCCCAUAGGCAAUCAAUUUUCUAUGCACCAUGUGACCAGCCCCAGCCUCAAGAGCCUGGGAACAAAGUUGCAGGACACAUACAAUAAAUUGUGCAACCUUGCAGUAUUCCUUCAUUCAAUUGCUAAUAUUUUGGCUAAAUAUGUUAUACUUAUGUUUGAGAGUUGAGACACAACUAAAUUUUGAGAAAAUCCAAGUGUACAUGUGGCUGGUUUGUCUGUUUAUGUCUGCAAACUGCAUACAUAUGCCUUACUAUUAUAAAAUAGCCACAAGUGCCUUUCAUUGGCCAGACGGGACAGGAUGCACAACAAAUUUAAAACAAAUAAUUUAAUCCAAAAUAUCAGCUAAAUGAGAAGAUGUAGAUUGUGAGAUUGUGAGAUGCCCUGAUUAUGAUUCAUCAUUCUUUCCUGCAUUGAACAAGCACAGCCUUAUACGAUGAGUGGUGAAGCAAAUAAUGGAUCGCAGGGAUGUGCUGGGGUCUUGGAAAGGACAACAAAUAAGCAACGUCUGAUGGGGACCAGGCCCAGUAACGGAUGGAUCAAGAUUGUGCUGGGGGUAUUACUGAUCAAACAUGAAACAUGUCAGUCACUAAUUGAUCUUUUCUCCCCAAAAUUGUUGGCGAGCUGGGGGGGGUGAGGAGUAAAAAAAUUUCCUCACAUACCAUUUUUCUGUAACUUUGAAAUUAACGUACCGUAAUUUAGAUUUUUAAAAUAUAAAAUGUAGGCCUAAUAUCUUAAAUUAAAUUGUAAUAUAAUUAAAAUCUAUAUUUUAUAUCUUUUCUAAUGUUUUAAUUUUAGGGGCCCAUGAGCCAACCCUAGGCACAAACAUGCAAGCCAUGAAAAUUCAUGUUCAAUUUCAAAUUGAAUAAUAUUUUCCUGUCACGUUGCCAGAAUAUCAAGUAAGCUAUUUUGAAAAUCAAAGGUAGAAGACGAACGCAAAUAAGCAAGGAAUAUAAAUGUAGCAAAAAUUUCGAUCUACUUAAUAAAGCGGCUUCGUCUGCUUCGAUGUCAAUGUUUGCGCGAAUGCGCGAGACUACGGUCACAUGCAUGUUUGACGAUGGUAAGCAUUUCAUUUAUACCUUUUCCAGCUCCGGUUACCAACGCUGUUUUUCCAGUGAAGUUGAUUUCCAUUCUUGAGCAGAAAGACAAGAGCAAAAUCUGUGAAAAUUAGGACAAGCUGCACUCAAGCAGAAAUAUAGCCCGCGUGCAGGCCCACGGGAGCAGGCUGAAGGGAACUUGAUAGUGGGCCUGCAAGCAAGGCCCUAACCUGAAGUUCAGGCCCUAAUUUGAAAUAGGGCCUGACACAAAACCUGUCUAGACCGUGGGACGCCCACAUGUUAUUUUUAGACACACAUGCAAUAUGAUUGACAAGUGUUGUAGAUUUCGAUUUCGUUGCACAAAAAAUUUAUAUUCUCAUGAACAUGUCCGCAGAGUAUGCAUUUUGCUUUUUCAUUAAACUUAAAAAUUCAAGGUUCUUUUAUAUAAUUAAGAGUCAGUUUCUCUAUUUAAAUUUAACCGAACAGCAAACAAAGAUUUAUGUUAAUUAGUCAGUUCUGUGGACAAGCCGACUGCCAAGCUUUCUCAAGGUCUCAACUUGCUGGACGCGGAUAUACUCUAUAAGCGACUAACGGGCUAACAACAGCAACAAUUAAAUUCUCAAUCGUACCACGAAGAAGGCGAUGUAGCUCAGAAAACAACGCCGGUAGGACCUGAUAUUAAAAAUAAGACUUUUGCCGGCGAAGCCAGUUGGCAGAACAUCUUGGCUGUCAACAACAAGCUUUCGAAUACAUGACUAGUUUGGCUGUUCUUUGAGCGUCGUGUGUGUCCAAAAUUCGUCAAAGAUUUUGAUAAAGCCCUUUCAAAAUACUGUUUGUUUGAUUUAUUUUCUGCCAUAAAGCAUAAAAGAAAAGAAAUUCGAAGAAAUCGAUAAUGGAAUUUGUUACGUGCGUUUGACCUUUAUAUUAAUUGUCGCCUUGAGCGAGCUAUUUUUAAAACUGUUGUUUAUGUGAACAUGCAACCAAUCAAAAUCCUUCAUGAUGCUGAUCAACCAAUCAGAUUUCCCGUCCACCAGGUGGACGGGAAUCCCACAGUUUAGAUAGGUUUUGUGUCAGGCCCUAUUCUGUGAAUAUAGGGCCUGAACUUCAGGUUAGCAAGGCCCGGUAUUUUGUACUUUCCGCGUUCGCCCACGAACGCGGCAUUCUGAUUGGCUGUUUGCUGUUGGAUUCUAUAAUUAGGUCAGUGAUUCAUCACAAAGGCAUAGACAAAGGCUCUCGACAAGCUUAAAAUUCGAAAAUUGAUCACUUUUUUCGAUUACAAAUGGAACAAGAACAGACUGUUUAUUGUUUACUUGAAGGAAGAGAUGUUUUUGCCGUUAUGCCAAUGAGGAUUGCUUGUCGUGAGGUGUUGGAAUAGCAACAUUUAUUACGAAUGGGGUAUAAAACUAUAGUAACCUUUACUUGAGUUUCAUUAAUUUCAAACAGACUUGAUACGUUAUAUGUUCCUCAAGAAAAUUAUCUUUUGGUUGAUGUUGAGAUGCAGUUGCAUGUAAGCCUAUUCAAAAUACUUUGCGAUUUACAAGGCUUCGCUGAGAGAGCAAAAGAUAAGACGGUAUUAAAUUGCCGUUUGAAACGAAACAAUCUGGACUCUUGAACGCUCUCUUCUUUUGUAGAGUUCUCACCAAAUGAAAUAACUGAAAUAAAUUUCGUACUUUCCGCCGCCAACAAGAAUUGCACACACGAUCUGAUAAGUGAGACAAUUUAUUUAUAACAAUGGCGACAGCGAAGCAACAUUAUAAACGCUAAUGUGGUCGCACGACUUCCCUCACGAUUUGAAGUUUGAGACUGGUUUUCUGUUGAAAUUCGUCUUAAUUUGCCUGUUCCGAUUUUAGUUGAAAAUGAGCAUUUGUAAAUUUGGCAAUUACUGACUGCGUUGCUUGUUUUUUUUGGAGUUUUAACACAGGCAUUUACAUUGUUUCUAUUUUGAAUAUUAAAGCAGAGAAAACCCCGCAACAUUUUAAUGCGAGUUUGUUUGUUAAUAUUUGGGUUGCUGUCAUUGGUUCUUUUUUGACAAUUGACGCGCGAAUGGGGCGUGUUAUGAAAAGGGGCGUUUUACAAAAUACCGGGCCUUGCUUGCAGGCCCACUAUCAGUUCCCUUGGGCCUGCACGCGGGCUAGCAGAAAUAUUGGACUUUUUUUAUUUUUCUGAGCGCUAUUCGGGUAGUGUUUCCACUCGCUCAAAACUAAAUUUUCCGUUUUUAUAUUAUUUACCUGCCUCGUCACUUCAGUUGGGAAUAGAGAUCAGUGGAAAAACAAUGGGACACAUUUUCCUUCAGAUGGGGCCGGUUCACUGAGCUGUAUAAUAACGUAAUAUAUAAUAACGUAAUACGUAAUAAUAGUAAUAUAGUAUAGCUCAGUGGGCCGGUUGUAUAAAAAAGUGAUUAAAGUUAACUAUAGUUAGUGGAAAUGUCAUCCAAUAAGAAGCGCGUAUUUGAGAGUUAUUCACUAUCUAACUACAAAAUAGUGAUUAAAAAAGUGAUUAGGGACCGGUCAUUAUUUAUGGUGGGGGGUGGCACCGAAGAGAAAAGGGUUGGGUAAACUAAAUUUUGAGUAAGUAAAAGGUUGGGUAAAUGAAAAACAAAACAACUCAAGGGUUGGGUAAUAAAAAAUUAUUGUCAUUUCCAAAGCAUGACUCACUGAAGUAUUGGGGACUAAAAAGCAAUGGCAACAGUAGGCCCUACUCUGGGGCAAUAAUGAGAUAAUGCGAGUUUAAGCAAUUUUAGGUGAUUAAAUCACCAAAAUAUGCAAUUUAAGCAAUGCGAGUUUGAGCAAUAUAGGGCAAUGUAAGAAAACAAUUAAAAUUUUAGGGAAUGCUGUUUUAGGUGUUUAGAGGUAAUUUCAGGAAUAUACAACUAUCAGACCUCUCAACUUUGCAGAUAAGUUAAGAGUGAGAUUGGGGAUGUGGAUGACACCUUUGUAAAAGUCCAGGGGUCUGAAAUCGCAUUUCGUGCAUUAUAAUAUGCGACUGAUACAGUAAUGAGCUUUAAUUUGCCUUUGAUAGUUACAUAUUGAAUUCUGCUCCGACUGAUUCUGCCUUUUUUCGGCUGUAUUUACAUAUGCGUUCUAUUGUAUUUACAUAUGCGGGCAAGAUGUUGGGCCGUAUAUGCAGGAACAAUAACACACGAUCAUAUAUAAUUAUUCGAUUCGCUAUCCGUAUAAUGAUUAUAAUAAUGUGCAUUUAAGAAUACAGUAUUAUAUUAUUGAAAAAAUACUAUGAAAUUGCUAUAUGCGUGAGAUUUACUAAACGUGGCGUGAGAGCGUGAGAGUGUAGCGAAUUGCGUGAGACUCACGCCGAAUGCGUGAGAGUUGAGAGGUCUGAACUAUAUCCCUGAUGACUCCAAUGAAAUUACCAUUAACCUAUGCCAAGCAUCCAAACACGAGUGUUCCCACAAACACACACACAUGCAGUGUAUGAAGCAAAAUAUACAAUUUAACAAAAAAAGUUGAAGUCUGCUUGAGGGGGUUCUGUACGGUGGCUGAUUAGGGCCAUCCUCAAUUUUUUUUAUUACUUUUUAAUUUUUUUCUGAUUACCAUUUUACUUACCCUCGUUUAUGCAGUUAGUUUUCAGCUUAUUUCAAAAUAUCGACUUAUAACACGAGAUCUCGACUUAUAAAGCGAGAUCUCGAUUUAGAAUACGAGAUCUCGACUUAUAAACACGAGAUCUCGACUUAUAAACACGAGAUCUCGACUUAUAACGCGAUAAAAUGGUUUGAGAGUUACUUGACCGGAAGAACUCAAUCAGUCAGAAUUGGAUCAACUGUGUCUACUCCUCUCCCUGUUUCUUAUGGUGUACCACAGGGUGCAAUUUUAUCACCUUUACUUUUUAGUAUUUAUACUAACGAUUUGCCCUCAUCAGUCCACCAUAGUAAACUUGAAUCGUACGUGGACGACUCCAAGAUAUUACUAUCUUUCACUGUGGCUAACGUGGACUGUUUAAAGCAACAACUUGAGGAAGACUUGUAUUUGAUUGCAAACAGUUGUUCCGAAAAUGAAUUGCUUAUUAACCCGGGAAAGACCAAAUACAUGCUGAUUGGCACACGGCAAAACCUACAACAACUUCCCGUAGAUAUGACCAUAAACUUCCUCAACGAGACUAUUACCCCCGUCUCCUUUGCCAAAGAUCUAGGAAUGACAAUCGACUCUUAUUUGACAUAUGACCAGCACAUCACCAACCUGGUUUCCUCAUGUAUGAAUUCCCUGUGCCAAAUAAACCGAGUCAAAAAAUGUUUCGAUAAAGAAGCUUUAACUCUCAUCGUCUCGGCACUUGUAAUGAACAAAAUGUUCUAUUGUUCAACGGUUUGGUCAAACACUUCGUCUACCAACAUUAAGAAACUACAGUUGGUACAAAAUUUUGCAUGCAGGAUAAUAACAAAUAUUGGAAAGUUCGACCAUAUUUCGCCGGGCUUACGUGAACUUAACUGGCUCCCAGUAAAGGAACAAUUACUACUAAGAGAGGCUAUUAUGAUGUACAAAUGUGUCAAUGAACUUGCUCCACAUUAUUUGAGCGAUUUAUUCACAAAACGUUCUGACAUUCAUCAACGAGAUACACGUAGCCAUGACUCACUGCAAAUACCAUUGUACAAAACUUCUGCAGGUCAAAGGUCCUUUCAUUAUAGAGGCGUUACACUCUGGAAUGAUUUGGACAUUAAGUUCAAAAAGUUAGACUCCCUAAAAACUUUCAAAAACGAACUGAAGCGAAGCAUGCUAGAACAAAUAUAUAAGUAGAUAAUUUUACCUUGUUAAACUUUAUACAAAUGUCUUACCUUGUUACCUUAAUUUAAAUUCUAGAUUCUAAAACUUGUAAAUAGAACAACAUUUAUUUUUUGUAAAUCAGUGUUGAAAAUCCCUUUUUAGGGAACACAAUAAAGUAUGUAUAUGUAUAUGUAUAUGUAUAUAACGCGAGAUCUCGACUUAUAACACGAGAUCUCGACUUAUAACACGAUAUCUCGACUUAUAAACACGAGAUCUCGACUUAUAACACGAGAUCUCUACUUAUAACGCGAGAUCUUGACUUAUAAACACGAGAUCUCGACUUAUAAACACGAGAUCUCGACUUAUAACGCGAGAUCUCGACUUAUAAACACGAGAUCUCGACUUAUAACGCGAGAUCUCGACUUAUAACACGAGAUCUCGACUUAUAACACGAUAUCUCGACUUAUAAACACGAGAUCUCGACUUAUAACACGAGAUCUCUACUUAUAACGCGAGAUCUUGACUUAUAAACACGAGAUCUCGACUUAUAAACACGAGAUCUCGACUUAUAACGCGAGAUAUCGACUUAUAAACACGAGAUCUCGACUUAUAAACACGAGAUCUCGACUUAUAACGCGAGAUCUCGACUUAUAAACACGAGAUCUCGACUUAUAACGCGAGAUCUCGACUUAUAACACGAGAUCUCGACUUAUAAACACGAGAUCUCGACUUAUAACACGAGAUCUCUACUUAUAACGCGAGAUCUUGACUUAUAAACACGAGAUCUCGACUUAUAAACACGAGAUCUCGACUUAUAACACGAGAUCUUGACUUAUAAACACGAGAUCUCGACUUAUAACACGAGAUCUCGACUUAUAACGCGAGAUCUCUACUUAUAACACGAGAUCUCGACUUAUAACACGAGAUCUCGACUUAUAACACGAGAUCUCGACUUAUAAACACGAGAUCUCGACUUAUAACACGAGAUCUCGAUUUAGAACACGAGAUCUCGACUUAUAACACGAGAUCUCGACUUAUAACACGAUAUCUCGACUUAUAACACGAUAUCUCGACUUAUAAUGCGAGAUCUCGACUUAUAAACACGAGAUCUCGACUUAUAACACGAGAUAUCGACUUAGAAUACCAGAUCUCGACUUAUAAACACGAGAUCUCGACUUAUAACACGAGAUCUCGACUUAUAACACGAUAUCUCGACUUAUAACACGAUAUCUCGACUUAUAAUGCGAGAUCUCGACUUAUAAACACGAGAUCUCGACUUAUAACACGAGAUAUCGACUUAGAAUACCAGAUCUCGACUUAUAAACACGAGAUCUCGACUUAUAACACGAGAUCUCGACUUAUAACACGAUAUCUCGACUUAUAACACGAUAUCUCGACUUAUAAUGCGAGAUCUCGACUUAUAAACACGAGAUCUCGACUUAUAACACGAGAUAUCGACUUAGAAUACCAGAUCUCGACUUAUAAACACGAGAUCUCGACUUAUAACACGAGAUCUCGACUUAUAACACGAUAUCUCGACUUAUAACACGAUAUCUCGACUUAUAAUGCGAGAUCUCGACUUAUAAACACGAGAUCUCGACUUAUAACACGAGAUAUCGACUUAGAAUACCAGAUCUCGACUUAUAAACACGAGAUCUCGACUUAUAACACGAGAUCUCGACUUAUAACACGAUAUCUCGACUUAUAACACGAUAUCUCGACUUAUAAUGCGAGAUCUCGACUUAUAAACACGAGAUCUCGACUUAUAACACGAGAUAUCGACUUAGAAUACCAGAUCUCGACUUAUAAACACGAGAUCUCGACUUAUAACACGAGAUCUCGACUUAUAACACGAUAUCUCGACUUAUAACACGAUAUCUCGACUUAUAAUGCGAGAUCUCGACUUAUAAACACGAGAUCUCGACUUAUAACACGAGAUAUCGACUUAGAAUACCGGAUCUCGACUUAUAAACACGAGAUCUCGACUUAUAAACACGAGAUCUCGACUUAUAACACGAGAUCUCGACUUAUAACACGAGAUCUCGACUUAUAACACGAGAUCUCGACUUGGAACAUCAUCUUGAGAAUUCUUGAAUUUUAUUGUAUCAAAAUGCAUAUACUGUAUGGUUUCAUGCUUUCGGUCGAACUGGUCAGCAAUAUGGCUUCCUUAUACCAUAUUUUUAUCAUUUCAUUGUUUUGGAUGUUUUGCGAUGCUUUACCACCAUACAUUCCUGCUAUAAGUGCAGGGUUACAAAACGACCGUGAUUCUUGUAUUACUCGGUACUUUAAUCUAGGUUUUCGGUAUGACGAAAUUCUUGGAUUUCUUGUUGUUGUUCAUGGUAUACAUUUGAGUCUUCGACAGCUGAAGAGAAUCUUACGCAAGAAAGGCUUGAAAAAAAGGGAAGCUAUACAAAAUCCAGAGAACCUAAUAGCUGCAAUUGAACACGAAAUAUCUAGAAGUGGGGGGUCAUUGGGUUAUCGUCAGAUGCAGCUAAGACUCAGACUUGAUUAUGGAAUCAUAGUUGACAGAGAAACAGUUCGAAAGAGUCUCGUGCUACUAGAUCCCGAAGGAGUUCGUCGAAGAUCGCGUCACAAAUUGAAGAGAAGGCAGUAUUUUUCCAGGGGGCCAAAUUAUAUUUGGCACAUUGAUGGCUACGAUAAACUUAAGCCUUUCGGGUUUUGCGUGCACGGGGCUAUAGAUGGUUUUAGUCGUCGGAUACUGUGGCUUGAGGUAGGUCAUUCAAACAACAAUCCACGUGUUAUUGCCUCAUAUUUCUAUGAAUGCGUUAUGCAGCUCGGUGGUGUUCCCCUUAUAUGCCGUGACGACGCAGGAACGGAAAAUGGUUUGGUUGCUGCAAUGCAACGUUUCUUCAGGCGCGAUGGAAAUGAUGCAUUUUCUCAAGAAAAAAGUUUCUUAUACGGGCGUUCAGUUUCGAAUCAAAGAAUAGAGGCCUGGUGGUCUUACCUUCGUAAAACAGAUACAAACUGGUGGAUGAAUUACUUCAAAGAUUUACGAGAUCAAGGAAUUUAUGAUGACAGCAACCCCGUACACGUAGAAUGCUUAAAGUUUUGUUAUAUGCCUCUCCUUAAAGAAGAGUUGGACCGCGUAGCCCAACAGUGGAAUUUGCAUAUGAUUCGUCAGUCUACAAAUGAGCAAUCGCCUAGUGGACGCCCAGACACGAUCUUCUUUAUCCCUGAAGCAUUCGAUUCCACGUCAUAUUUACAAGAUGUCGACCCGCUGGAUUUAGUAGUAGCGAAAGAUACAUGUUGCGAAAUUCCCCAAUAUGCUUCCUUCGAAACGUUUUCCGAACUUGCUCAAACAAUAAUGAGUGAGAACAACAUCGAAUCACCAGGGACUGAUAUCAACAAGGUUGAACAGUUAUAUAUCAAUCUAAUCGGACAUAUACAAGAUAUCGAUCUUGUUUAACAUUGGGGAAAGAUCUGGCUAAUGGAUGUAUUAACCAUAUCAUUGUAUAUAUAAGAUAACAUAACAUUGAAGUAGACAACUAAUUUUCACUUAGAACUCGUUCUUAUCUGACAAAAGAAAACACGUUAUUAUGUAAUUUAAAAACUAUAUGUUAUUUGUAAAGACAGUCUUUAUUAUGAACGGACUGAACGUUGAACAUUGUUUUAAUAUAGUGUACAAAAAAAGAAUAUAAACAUGAUAAACCAUGUGCCACCCCCCACUAUUUAGCCCGCACUCAAUAAUAUCAACCUUCUACUGAUGAUUACGCCACAGCGUUUCUCAACAUAUAAACUCAACAUAUAUGCCUAUUAAUUAAAUUCUUAUGUCUACAUCUAUCUAUAUAGGCGUUCAUAAACAAAAUGUCAAAAGUCAAUUUACAACCAAAUUUGAAUGUUGUUCCUGGAAUCGCUUUUCGUGGGAUCAGUCACAUAGCAUAUAAAGCGAUUCACCACACGAAAGGAAUAAAGUAUUAAGUAUUUUUAGCAUUAGAUAAGCUACAUAAUCUUAAGCACUUAAUCACUUAAGUCCCACAAAUUUGGAUUACGAAGGUAAAAGUCCAUGUUCUUCCUAAGCUGCGUAAAAGAUGUGUAAUUUCUUGGCAAAACGAUGAUACCAAAACAAGUGCGAGAUUUAGGACGAAUGGCUGCUGGAGGCAUGAACUCGGUGGAUACUUUAAUGCGGCAUUCCGGUCGCAUAACAUCAGUCGCAGUACAGAAACGGAGGAAGUUGACAAGUGCUUCAUCACUACAUAUUUUGAGAUACCGUUGCAGCCAUCUCAUGAUUUGACCAUCUUUGGGAUCUUUAUGUACCAUAUAUAUUUGGUCAAUGAUACGUUGUGUUGUUGGUUGACAAAGAUUAUAUAUAGAUGCAAUUUCCUUCUCACUCACACCGUCCCACAUUGGGCCCAUACCUCGGCGAAUCCUAAGCAGACAUAGAUAAGGCUUCUGUGCGAAUUCAUUUCUUCCUAUUUGGGUAAUAAGGGAAGCUAAAUUCGCAGUAGUCGGCAACGUGUUGAUGUUGUAAUCUUCUAAUAUUUCCAUUAUUUCAUCCUGGGAAAACGCCGUGCUAUCACUUAAACCUUUCUCAAUUAUUUCUCUCUCUCUAGGAG